AUGAUGAAAAAAAAAAUCUCUGCCAAAAAAAAAAACCAACAACAACAACAACUACACCAACCAACCAUGAGUGAAGUUACUGAAGAAGAACGUACUCGUUAUGAGGAGGAGGAGGAUGUUAGAGAUAGUCCAUCUGAUUCGUCUGAAGAAUCUGAGGAUGAUGAAGAAGAGAUCCAGAAAGUGCGUGAGGGGUUCAUUGUUGAUGAUGAAGAAGAUGAAGUACAAACCAAAAAGAGAAAGUCCCAUAAGAGAAAGAGAGACAAGGAGAGACCACACUACGACGAUGCAUUAGAUGAUGAUGAUUUGGAGUUGUUAUUGGAAAAUAGUGGCCUUAAACGUGGCAGUCUGUCGUCUGGCAAAUUCAAGCGAUUAAAGAGAAAACAGAUUGAAGAUGAUGAAGAUGAGAUUGAGAGUCAGGACCACCAGGGCGAACAGCAGUUGAGAGAUAUAUUUUCUGAUGACGAAGAGGUUGAAGAAGAAGCAGCGCCCCGUAUUAUGGACGAGUUUGAUGGGUUUAUUGAAGAAGAUGACUUUUCCGAUGAAGAUGAGCAAACACGUCUUGAGAGAAGGGAACAAAGAAAGAAGAAGAAGCAAGGUCCCCGAAUUGAUACGUCGAACUUGUCGAAUGUUGACAGACAAAGUUUGCUGGAGUUGUUUGAAGUGUUUGGCGAUGGCAAUGAAUAUGACUGGGCAUUGGAGGCACAGGAGUUGGAAGAUGCCGGUGCCAUUGACAAGGAAGAGCCAGCGUCAUUGGACGAAGUGUUCGAACAUUCAGAGUUGAAAGAGCGUAUGUUGACAGAGGAAGAUAAUCUUAUUCGAAUCAUUGAUGUUCCUGAACGAUACCAAAUGUACCGUAGUGCAUUGACGUAUAUUGACUUGGACGAUGAAGAGUUGGAAUUGGAAAAGACAUGGGUGGCCAAUACCUUGCUCAAAGAGAAGAAAGCGUUCUUGCGAGACGACUGGGUUGAACCGUUCAAGCAGUGUGUGGGACAAGUUGUUCAGUUUGUGUCGAAGGAGAAUCUUGAAGUCCCGUUUAUUUGGAACCACCGUCGUGAUUACUUGGAGUAUGUUGAUCCAGACGCACCCAUUCCCGGCAGUGUGAGAGAGUUGAUGAUCUCUGAAGAUGAUGUGUGGAGAAUUGUAAAGUUGGACAUUGAGUACCAUUCGCUUUAUGAAAAGAGGUUGAACACUGAAAAAAUUAUUGACUCGUUGGAAAUUGAUGAUGAGUUGGUCAAAGAUAUCAAGACGUUGGACUCGAUGGUGGCCAUCCAAGACAUGCACGACUAUAUCCAGUUUACAUACUCCAAAGAGAUUAGACAGCGCGAGGAGACCCAAAACCGAAAGCACUCAAAGUUUGCCCUUUAUGAAAGGAUCAGGGAGAAUGUUUUGUAUGAUGCAGUCAAGGCGUACGGUAUCACGGCCAAAGAGUUUGGUGAGAAUGUGCAAGAUCAGAGCUCCAAGGGGUUUGAGGUUCCGUAUCGAAUCCAUGCUACUGAUGAUCCAUGGGAGUCGCCUGACGAUAUGAUUGAGCGGUUGAUCCAGGACGAUGAAGUUAUUUUUAGAGACGAAAAGACUGCCAGAGAUGCCGUUAGAAGAACAUUUGCUGACGAAAUUUUCUACAACCCCAAGAUCAGACACGAAGUGAGAUCGACCUACAAGUUGUAUGCGUCGAUUAGUGUUGCGGUUACAGAGAAAGGACGUGCAAGCAUUGAUGCGCAUAGUCCAUUUGCCGAUAUCAAGUAUGCCAUCAAUAGGUCGCCAGCGGAUUUGAUAGCCAAGCCAGAUGUGUUGCUCAGAAUGUUGGAAGCAGAGAGGUUAGGGCUUGUUGUGAUCAAGGUAGAAACCAAAGAUUUUGCCAACUGGUUUGACUGUUUGUUUAACUGUUUAAAGUCAGAUGGGUUUUCCGAUAUUUCUGAAAAGUGGAACCAGGAAAGACAAGCUGUUCUCCGUACGGCCAUUUCGAGGUUGUGUGCUGUUGUGGCCUUGAACACGAAAGAGGAUCUUCGUCGUGAAUGUGAGAGGUUGAUUGCCAGCAAGGUGAGACAUGGUCUUUUGGCCAAGAUCGAACAGGCACCAUUCACUCCUUAUGGGUUUGACAUUGGGUCAAAGGCGAAUGUUUUGGCGUUGACGUUUGGUAAAGGUGAUUACGACAGUGCUGUUGUUGGGGUGUACAUCAAACACGAUGGCAAGGUGUCUCGAUUUUUCAAGUCCACAGAGAAUCCGUCGAGAAACCGUGAAACUGAAGAUGCAUUCAAGGGGCAGUUGAAACAGUUUUUCGAUGAAGAUGAGACCCCUGAUGUGGUUGUUGUUUCCGGGUACAAUGCCAACACCAAACGGCUCCAUGAUGUGGUGUACAACUUUGUUAGUGAAUAUGGGAUUUCUGUAAAGAGUGAAUUUGACGAUGGGAGCAGCCAAUUGGUUAAAGUUAUUUGGGGCCAAGACGAGACUGCGAGGUUGUACCAGAAUUCAGAACGUGCGAAAAAAGAGUUUCCCGACAAGCCGACAUUGGUCAAGUAUGCAAUUUCUUUGGGGAGGUACUUGCAGGAUCCGUUGUUGGAGUAUAUUACGUUGGGUGACGAUAUUUUGAGUUUGACGUUCCAUGAACACCAGAAGUUGAUAUCCAAUGAUUUGGUUAAGGAGGUUGUUGAAUCUGCGUUUGUUGAUCUUGUUAAUGCUGUUGGUGUUGAUAUUAACGAAUCUGUGCGUGAUUCACGCUUGGCACAGACGUUGAAGUAUGUGGGUGGUCUUGGUCCACGUAAAGCUUCGGGUAUGUUAAGAAAUAUAGCUCAAAAAUUGGGGUCCGUGUUGACAACAAGGUCGCAACUAAUUGAAUACGAACUCACCACCAGAACGAUCUUCAUUAACUGUUCUGCUGCGUUGAAGAUCUCAUUAAACAAGUCCAUUAAUGUGAAGGAUUUUGAGAUUGAGAUUUUGGAUACGACUCGAAUUCACCCUGAAGAUUAUCAGUUGGCUAUGAAAAUGGCUGCAGAUGCCCUUGAUAUGGAUGAGGAGUCAGAGCUUCAUGAAAAGGGGGGUGUUAUCAAAGAGUUGCUUGAGAAUGACCCCAGCAAGCUCAAUUUGUUGAAUUUGAAUGAUUUUGCUAAUCAAAUAUACAAGCUCACCCAUAAGCUAAAGUUCAGAAGCUUGCAGGCCAUUAGACUUGAGCUAAUUCAAGGGUUUGCCGAAAUACGAUCUCCAUUUAGAAUCUUGACGAAUGAGGAUGCGUUUUUUAUAUUGACGGGUGAAAAGCCGCAGAUGUUGAAAAAUACGGUAAUCCCUGCGACCAUCACCAAGGUCACCAAAAAUCAUCAUGAUCCAUAUGCACGAAUUCGAGGUCUUAAGGUUGUGACCCCGUCGUUGAUUCAAGGUACGAUUGAUGAGAAUGCUAUUCCGCGUGAUGCAGAGUAUGUGCAAGGGCAAGUGGUGCAAGCGGUGGUGCUUGAGUUGUACACCGACACGUUUGCUGCGGUGUUGAGUUUGAGAAGGGAAGAUAUUUCGCGUGCGAUGAAAGGAGGUGUGGUGCGUGAGUAUGGGAAGUGGGACUACAAGGCUGAAGAUGAAGAUAUUAAAAGGGAGAAGGCUAAGGAGAAUGCCAAGCUUGCAAAGACAAGAAAUAUCCAGCACCCGUUCUACCGUAAUUUCAACUACAAACAGGCUGAGGAGUACUUGGCGCCACAGAAUGUUGGAGAUUAUGUUAUACGUCCGUCGUCGAAGGGCGCCAGCUAUUUGACCAUCACGUGGAAAGUGGGCAACAACUUGUUCCAGCACUUGCUUGUUGAAGAGCGCAGCAGAGGAAGGUUUAAGGAGUAUAUUGUUGAUGGGAAGACGUACGAGGAUUUGGACCAGUUGGCGUUCCAGCACAUUCAGGUUAUUGCCAAGAACGUCACUGAUAUGGUCAGACACCCGAAGUUUAGAGAAGGGACGUUGAGUGUUGUUCACGAGUGGUUAGAGUCGUACACCAGGGCCAACCCCAAGAGCUCUGCGUAUGUGUUUUGCUAUGACCAUAAGCUGCCAGGUAAUUUCUUGUUGUUGUUCAAGGUGAAUGUCAGUGCCAAGGUUGUUACGUGGCACGUCAAGACCGAAGUUGGAGGGUACGAGUUGCGGUCAAGUGUGUAUCCGAACAUGUUGAGUUUGUGCAAUGGGUUUAAGCAGGCGGUCAAGAUGUCGCUGCAGCAGACCAAGUCAUAUAACACGGGGUAUUAUUAG